AUGAGCUUCUAUAAAAGCCACACCUACUUUUACAUAAGGGCUGAAAAAUAUCCUGUUCAAGACACAGGAGUACCUAAAGAUGAGGAAUACCUAACAGAUCAAGUUACAUUGGAAAUUGCAUCUGUGAACAUCAAGACACUUACGUCGGAUUCUGGCCUAAUCCAACAGCCAGAAGACAAAGACACACAAAAUCAUAGUGAUGAAUCACUUUCAGAUCUCAAGAAAACCUGCAAGGAGAAUGAUACCUGCUCCUUGUGCUUAUUCCGUGCACCAACCAUCAGUGACAUGCUCGAUGAUGAGGACUUGUUGUACACAGUGAGGCUAAAGCUAGAUCCCUGCCACCCAACAGUGAAAAACUGGAGAAAUUUAGCAAGCAAGUGGGGGAUGACUUAUGAUGAAUUGUGUUUCCUUGAACAGAAGCCCCAGAGUCCCACCUUGGAGUUCUUGCUACGGAAUAGCGACAGGACUGUGGAGCAGCUGAUUGAUCUCUGUAAAUUUUAUAAGAGAAUUGACGUUGUGAAAGUGCUGCUGAAAUGGGUGGAGGAGGAAUGGCCCAAAAGAGGGAACAGAACAUACCAGAAUGACUUCUAGGUCAGGAAAGUUGUUAGUCUGUAUGUGUUAAAUGCUGGGACUAGCUGCCACUAGUAUAUGGGAAGCUUCCCUUGCAAGAAAGAGUGGGCCUGUACUGGUGGUUUGUAUCCUGCGUAAGCUUUACAUACUGUAUACAAAUACAUAUGUUCUGUGCCCUCAGGGUUGCAAAGAUAACCUUCCAAAAAUGGAUGGAAUAAUGCAGGUUGUGCUCUUGAGCCUACAAAUGCCUUCAGUUUCUUUGCUGCUGUUCGUAGGCUUCCUAAGCAGAAGAGGAAUGAAAAAGCCAGACCACUGGUUUUACUGCGGCAGUUGUGAACCAUGCCAUUGUGUGCUGUUGCUAUUGGGAAAGCCACAAUUAGAAGGCAAGUCUCUUGGCCUUUCUGGCAGCCCUUCUGCAAUUUUGUAUGUUCUACCUAAUAGAAGAUGAGGGGGUUUGGGUGGUUUUUUUUUCCUUCCUUUUUUUUUUUUUAAAUUUUUUUUUUCAUCUUUAUGACACUGUUUGGCACAGGAACACCUCAGUGUUCCAAGCAGCGGUUUGGAUUUGGAUGUUACAAUUAAUUCAGUAUUUCAACAUCACAUUCAGAAAAAAUUAAGCCUUAAAUCUCUUUUAUAAACAAAAAUAGAUUUUAAACAAAAUAAUUUGCAUAUUUCUACAUCAUAGGGCAUAUAUUUGCUAUAGAAGAAAUCGUGCAAUUCAGAGAGACUUUCCAGCCCAUAACCGCUAGGGCCAAAAAAACCAAUUAAAAUGCUUUACACUUAAAAUUACUUUCCAAAGUUUUGAAGAUAGUAUACACUCUGAGUGCACUUAUUUGUUUAUCUCAAAUGCCUCUUGCUUUGCAGUGUGAGGUGAUGGCUAAUGCCUCACCCACAGUAUAUCCUUAGUAUUGAGUAUAACUUCCCUUUUCACAGGCUGUGGUUUUCUUUAGUCCUGUGGGUUGGCCUAUGUUCUGUCACACACAAAGUAGUUGCACACUUGUGUGAAGCUAGCACAAUUUUAUGUACUGAUUAAAGCCACUCAAAUGGGAAAUUAACAGGUGAAUUCAUCUGCAGUCCAGGUGGAUCAUUAUUAAAGCACUUAAAGUGGUUUAGAUGAUGCUUCUCAAAGAACUUUGAUACACUGAAUGACACUGUUUACAUUUUAAAUAUUUUAGAAAUUGGUCUUUUUCCUACCAUUCUUGUAUAUUCUAAUGUUUUAAAAAAAACUCCUGAAAAAUCAGUAAUGCAAUACAAUGUAUAAAGUACUUACAGCUAGAAUGCCACACACAAAAAUGUCGUGACUUAAAAAUGCUUGUAGUCGUUACACUUCCUAAAAGCAUCUCAGACAAUACUAAUAUGUACAUAGGUGUAUAUACCAAAGCACUGGUGAACAGAAUGUCAAGAUGUGGGGCAAAACUAGAAUGGGGUACAGGUUGAUGCACUGUUUACUUUUCUUGAGUAGAAAUGACUAAGAAUUAGUAGCAAAGCUGAGGGAAGUCUAAUGCUGUGUACUGAGUUUCUUACUGUAAGAGAAUAAAAAGGGACCUAUAGUAAUACUAUAUUAUAGAUACUGAGUGAUAUGGUUACAGAGGGGCUAGAACUAAGACUAACAUUUUCAAUGUCAGGCACUAGUUCUGGGGUGACAUAAAUUAGCUUUAUUUUAGUGACUUCAAGAAGCUGAAGAUCUAGUUUCAAGGUGAAAAGACUGACCUAAAUAACUUUUAUUUAACCAUUCCUCAAAAAAGCUGCUACUCGUUAGAACUGUAAGUUUUCUAGCCUACUUUAAAGAGGAAAUCAUACUGCUGUAUCUUGUUGGGGCUGCAGUUCAAAUGUUUCGUGUUCCUCUUCUAGGAACAGGGGUUUCCCAAUAGAUGUCUGUCAACUCUAACUUUUGCAAAUAAUCUCCUGUCUUUAGUUAGGAGCUCUAGAAUCAGCUUUGUGGGCUAUUGCUGUGGCUGGGAUGUGUGCUAUUUUUAAUUCCUACAGAGGCAUCUACUGCGUACAUGCAAAUAGCUCAUAACGCAGCUUGUCCAACAUAAUCCCUAUACCUUGGUCCUACUAUAUGCAUGAUUUAGGAUCCUAUGUCUGUAUGUUAAGUUGUUCUGAGUAAUGAGUGCUGGCAUGUAUGCCAACAGUUUUUCUCUCCCAUAACAUACCACAGCUCUGUGUGUGGUAUUAUAGUAUGCUCUGCUUUGGUAGAUCCAGUUCAGCGAGGAACUGGAGCCCUCACCAAAGACUCAUAGUGGGAACACAAAAUGAUGCAGCAGCAUUUGAGUCAAGAUGUUCAACUGAAAUCUACCCCUUCUCCCUGUUUUCUGGCUAAAACUUGUAAAAUUUUGAAGAAACACUGUUGUCUUGUGGAAAUGAAUUCUGAUCCCUUGAAGCUCUUGAAAAGUCCAUGUCAGCUGCAAGGAUUCGUGUCUGAUGGAAAUAAAGCUGCUUCUGAGAGUUCAUAUGUGGAUUCUGUAUAAAUUCAACACUGAAGUUUGAAAAUGUUAGCCUUAAUCUUCAUCACACACUGGAUUACUCAUUAGUAUACUUGAAAUAUUUUUUUCCUCUUUCUAUGGCAUGAAUUGAGAUGUACACACUUUUUUUUCGUUUUAUAUCUGUUUACAAGAUA